AUGGGACCACCAAAAACAAGCAAGAAGCGGGCAGCCGACAGCCCCGCCGGCAACGCCAAGAAGGCUCGUACCGAUGUGCCGGCGCCGCGCGCCGCUCCGGCCUUCACUUCGGCGUUGCAGGCGGAAGAGGUCGACUUUCCGCGCGGGGGCGGGACGACUCUGACGCCCCUCGAGGUCAAGCAGGUGCGGGCGGAGGGGCGAGCCGAGGCCGACGCCGAGAGCGGUAAGCCCAAGCCCCGCAAGAUUUCGGAACGUCACGCCAAGCGCCUCAAGAAGGUCAGUGGCGCUAGCGAUGCCGCACGCAUCGAGCGCGACAAGGAUACCAUCCGAGUCGAGGAGCUCUCCUACAAGCGCCUGGUGCAGGGCACGCUUGUUCUUGGACGCGUACACACUGUUCUUCCCCUGCACCUGGUCGUGAGCUUGCCCAACAACUUGCUUGCACAUGUUCCGAUUACCGAGGUUUCGAACACGCUUACCGCCGCGCUCAACAAGGAGAUGAAUGCCGAGGACGAGGAUGUCGAGAUGGACGACGAGGAGGAUGAGGGCGGCGCGCCCGAACUACCCGAGAUGUUCGUGCCGGGACAGUAUGUUGCUGCCAAGGUGCUCAACGCUUUCCCGACUGCUAGCCAGGCGUUUGUCGCCCAGUACCCCGUUUCCGAGACGACUAGGCUCGCAGCACGCAUUGAGCUCACCCUCAUCCCCGAGAAGAUCAACAACGAGGUCGCAAAGCCCGACCUCACCGAUGGGUUCCGCAUCACUGGCGAGGUCCUCAGCAAGGAGGACAAGGGAUACCGUGUCGGCCUGGGUCUUGGCGAAGCCGCACCGGGCGUCGAAGGCUUCAUCAGCAACGACGAGGUGGAGGGCGAACUCAUUCCGGGACAGCUCCUUCCCUCGAUUGUGAAGAAGGCGACGGCUGGCGGGCGCGUUCUUCAGCUCAGCACCGACCCGCAGACGCUGAUCCACUCGUGCCUCACCGAGGUGUCCAACAUCGGCUCGCUGCUGCCUGGCUCGCUCGUGAGCUCCCUCAUCACGGCCGUCGUUCCCUCAGGCCUCAAUGUCAAGAUCUGUGGAUUCUACGACGGGACCAUCGACCUCGCCCACCUCAGCCUGGGGGAGGACGAGAUCGACAGCCGCUUCAAAAUCGGCAAGAAGCUCAAGGCGCGUAUCCUGUACGACACUGUCGCUGCCGGCGAGCGGCGCUUCGCCCUCUCGGUGCUCCCCCACAUCUUCAACCUCUCGUCGCCGCUCACUGCCAACAAAGUGGCGCUCGAGGAGGCCGUGCCCAUCGGCAAGACGCUUGCGAGCGUCAAGAUCACGCGCGUCAUCCCAGAUUGGGGUGUUGUCGCGCGCACCGACGACGGCGUCGAGGGUUUCUGCCACAUCUCUCACCUCACCGACGAGCGACUCGCCUCUCUGUCCCACAGCACAGUCCAGUUCAAGGCCGGCACGUACCACCGUGCGCGCGUGAUUGGGCACUCUCCGCUCGACGGCGUGCUGCUCCUCAGUUUUGAGCCGCGCGUCCUCUCACAGGUGUUUAUGGACGUCGGCGAGCUCCAGGUCGGCCAGGUGCUCAAGGGCACCGUCAAGCGACUGAGCGACAAGGGCUUGUUUGUGAAUGUGCAGGGGAGCGUCGACGGCGUCGUCUGGCCCCUCCACUACGCCGACAUCCGCCUCAAGCACCCCGAGAAGCGCUUCAAGCCCGGCACAAGCGUCAAGGCGCGCGUGUGGGCCCUCGAGCCGGCACGCAACCGCGUCGUCCUGACUCUCAAGAAGAGCCUCGUCGAUUCCGACCUCCCCGCACCCAAGACGUUUGAGGACGUCACUGCUGGCGAGAUCACGCCUGCCGUCGUGUCCAAGCUCCUCGACAAGGGUUGUAUCGUCGACCUGUUUGGCGGGCUGCGCGCGUUCGUACCCCAGUCCGAGGCGGCGCAGGGCUUUGUUGCCAACCUCGCCGACAUCUUCUACGUUGGCAAGCCCGUCACCGUCCGCAUCACCAACAUCGAUGCCGACGCUGGCAAGCUCGUCGCUUCGGUGCGCCAGGCGCUCCCAACCGCCGUGGCUGCCGAGAAGCUCGAGGUCGGGGCGGCUGUCAAGGGUGUCGUCGCCCAGAUCCACGCCGAGCAGGUCGUCGUCUCGCUCGUCCCGUCGCAGCUCACUGCGCUGCUCUCGCUCGCCAACCUCUCCAACCACAGAGGCAUGGGUGUCGACGAGCUCCGCCGCACCCUCAAGACUGGGGAGAAGCUUGACGACCUUGUCGUCGUCUCGAAGAACGAGAAGAGCGGUCUCCUGAUCGUCGCCAACAAGCGCGAGCAGAAGGUACCCUCUGGCGUCUCGGCCGCCGCGCGCUCCUUUGACGACCUGCAGGUCGGCGAUGUCGUGCCCGGCCGCGUGGUCGGUAAGACGCCCGCCGGCGCAAUGCUCCGCAUCGGCAAGCACAUCCGCGGCCGCGUGCACCCAUGCGACGAGGCCGACGACCUCUCCAACGCUUCCGGUACCGGUGCCCUCCGCGUUGACGACAACGUGCUGUGCGCGAUCCUGGCCGUUGACACCGGCGCGCGCACCGUCGACCUGUCGACACGCAAGAGCCGCGUCAACCCCGACUUGAAGGUCAAGGUCGCCGACCCCGAGAUCACCUCCUUCGGUGACCUGAAGGACGGCCAGGCUGUUCGGGGCCUCGUGCGCUCCAUCACCCCUGCCGGCCUCUUCGUCAGCCUGGGACGUAACAUCACCGCCCGCGUCAUGAUCAAGGAGCUCUUUGACGAUUUCGUCAAGGACUGGAAACCGCGGUUCGAGAUCAACCAGCUUGUUUCGGGCAAGAUUUUGACUGUGACAGACGACCGGGCCGAGAUGACCCUCCGCACCAAGCCUCGCAAGGCUGAGAAGGCGGGCAAGCUCCGGAUUUCCGACUUUAGCGAGGGCCAGAAGGUCACCGCUACCGUUAAGAAGGUCGAGACGUAUGGCCUCUUCCUGCGGAUUGACGGGUCGGACGUUAGCGGGUUGUGCCACAAGAGCGAAAUUGCGGAUAAUAAGAAGACGGACGUUGCGGCCGCGCUCAAGGGGUUCCGCGAAGGUGAUGCUGUGCGCGCUGUCAUUGUUUCAGUCGACAAGGAGAAGGGACGCGUCAACUUUAGCAUCAAGGCUAGCCACUUUGCCGACGAGUUUGGGGAGAAGGAGGAGGAGGGGGAGGAUGAGGAGGAUGAGGCGAUGGAUGAGGAUGCGGAGGGUGGCGAGGACGAGGAGGACGAGGACGAGGACGAGGACGGGGACGGCUCCGACAAGGAGGACGAGGACGAGGAGGAUGCCGAUUCCGACGCCGAGCUCGGCCUCAUGGACAGCGACGACGAUGACGUCGUGCGCCUCGAAGGCGACGAUGAGGACGCCGAGGACGAGGAGGAGAUCGACACCGCGCCCGCCGGCUCUUCCAUGGCGCAGAAGAAGAUCUCCACCGCCGGACCCAUGACUGUCGGCGGCUUUGACUGGGCCGGCAAAGUCGACGACGCAGACUCUGACUCUGACUCUGAGUCGUCGUCCGAGGUCGCGGCCGCCGCCCCCAAGAAGAAGGGCAAGGGCAAGAUCGACCUGACGGCGGACGCGGCGUCUGCCCGCCCCCAGUCCGAGUCCGAGUUUGAGCGUGCUCUCCUUGCAUCCCCGAACAGCUCGUACCUCUGGAUCCAGUACAUGUCGUUCCUUCUCUCUCUGCACGAGGUCGACCGUGCCCGUUCGCUUGGCCGGCGCGCGCUCGACCGCAUCGCCUUCCGCGAGGAGGGCGAGAAGCUCAACGUGUGGAUGGCGCUCGUCAACCUCGAACUGGGCUUCGGCACCCCCGAGAGCGCAGACAAGGUCUUCCGCGAAGCGGUGCAAUUCAACGACGGCCGCGCAGUCUUCACUCGCUACAUUGACGCCUUAAUCGCGGCGGGCAAGGACGCCUCUCUAAUCGAAGCAACCUUUAACAAGAUGCUCAAGAAAUACUCGGCCUUUCCCGAGACGUGGGCGCGCUUCGCCGAGUUCUACUACACGACCAACGUGGACAAGGCGCGUUCCCUCCUCCCGCGCGCCCUCCAGUCUCUUGCCAAGUCUGAACACAUUGACGCGACCAAGCGCUUCGCAUUGCUCGAGUACAAGUCGGGCUCGGCUGAGCGCGGCAAGACCCUGUUUGAGGGUAUCCUCGACCGCCACCCGCGCCGAUUGGACGUGUGGAACGUGUACGUCGACGCAGCGGGCCGGGCGGGGGAUAUGGCCACUGUUCGGGCUCUGGUCGACCGCGCCUUGGGGAGUAAGAUGAACGCAAAGAGGGCAAAGUUCGUCUUCAAGAAGUGGCUGGCGCUCGAGUCUAGGGCUGGCGAUAAGGCUGGUAUGGACAAGGCCAAGGCGCGCGCUAGGGAGUGGGUCGCGGAGAACGCAAAGGUCGAGUCGGGGAGUGAGGAGAGUGGGAGUGAGAAGAGUGGGAGUGAGGGGGAGAGCGAGGACGAGGACGAGGACGAGAGCGACGACGAGUAG